AUGUCCGAGGCCUACGCAGGAAAGAGCGACCAGCAGAUCAUUGACGAGCAGGCGCAGAACCUCGACUUCAAGGGCGACUACCAGCAGCGCGAGUCGUUCAACCCGCGCACCACGGUCCUCUCGGAGCAGAGCGGCGUCAACGAGUCCGGGCUCGACCAGUUUCCGGGCGCCAGCGUCUCAGUGGGGCGCACCGGCCAGACGGGCGGCGGCACCAACCCUCAGAACAUCCCGCCCGAGGAAGGCGGCGACGGCCGCAGCCAGCGCACGGGCGAGAGCAGCGCGCGCUUCGAGGGCCUCGGCGGGCCCGAGGACAAGCGGCACGAGGCGCUCAAGCAGAACCCGGGCGGCUUCGACGCAAAGCCCCGCGGCAUCGACCAGACGCGCCAGGGCCAGCUCAACGAGCCCGUCCCCCGCACCGAGGACCAGGCCCUCGAGGCCGACCAGGAGGCUACCGCCCGCAGCCACGCCAUCAACUCGUAG